CUCCUUUGGCCGCCAGAUGUUAUUCCCUUGUCAAAGAGGAGACGGAUGAGGAGUUUGACUCCCGUUGGGCCACUUAUUUUAGCAACCCUGACAUUGAUGCCUGGGAGCUGAGGAAAGGCAUGAACACCCUGAUUGGGUAUGACCUGGUACCGGAACCCAAGAUACUGGACUCAGCUCUCAGGGCCUGUCGGAGAUUGAACGAUCUGGCGAGCGCCAUCCGUAUCCUUGAGGCCGUCCGGGACAAAGCAGGUCCUCACAAGGACAUCUAUCCCUACCUGAUCCAGGAGCUGAAGCCCACCCUCACAGAACUUGGCAUCUCAACACCAGAGGAGCUUGGAAUUGACAAGUUGUAGACAGUCAGGGACCUUUUCUCAUGAAGAGACAAGUUCUCCUGAUUUUCUCCUGUUGAAAAUGUCAAUAUUGUUAAUUCAAAGUUUUCUCUCCUGUUGUGUACAAAUUAAAGGAAAUAUUAAUCACUUUA